CUGAGUUCAGCGUCUAGACAGGGUCGGAGCGCCGGUAGAUGGCAGUCGUGUCCCUUCUGCACUAGACAGGAAGAAGCAACUUCAAACCCUCACACUUAGUACACAGGCUAUACACAAUCACACACGCACAUGUGUGCGUCAAACAGGCGCUACAGACCUGUCCGAAGGCGCGUCAUAUAAUCUAUAACGUUCAGGGUUAUUGCACUCGACCAAUCAUUGGUAAAAUGGAAAAAGAUUGUUGGGCCAUUGAGUUUUACGCAUCCAAGAAGACGCCGGUGAGGACAGUCAGAAGAGUGAGACUUUGGGCUGAGGGCUACAUCAAUACGUGUUAGAAGAUUCUUGGUGUCACCAGCGGAGCGCGCUGAGCCGAUACCCACAGAGAGCCGCGCGUCAUACCACACUAGAUACUUCACACUAGAACUUCAUUCACCGACGAGAUCUCGGCGUAUUCGACGGGUCUCACCUCUUUAGAUGUUCCUGCUCGCGGGGUGACUCACUUGUAGCUGAUCUCCGUUUGGCUCUCUCGCGCUGCGUAAUUCUACGGCUUGGCGCGGAGCGCAGCAGCAUUCGCGUGGAUUUUCGUCGCGUCACUGGAUUGCUUUUUGCCGGAGUUGAGUUGAACUGUAUUGAGUAGUAUCUGGUGGGAUGUAGCUUUUGAUGAAUACCUCGUCUAUGACAAGUUUAUACGCGUUUGAAAAGGAACUACGACGGUUAGUAUAUGUAGCCUAUCUGUUAUUUAACUAAAAUAAGGGAUUUGACUCACAUUUUGGCUCAUUUUUGUCCACUUUCCUUAAAAAAAAAAAAAAAAAAAAGACACUUGGAGGAUUUUGUCCUUUUUUCCCUCCUUUCCAAAUGAUCUUGGUGGUCUUGUAUAGGAUGUGAUAUACGAAUAUUUGUGUUUGCCAACGCACGAGGCUCCUCUCUCAAGGCAUUCCGUAGGACAUAAUCACAUUUCAAGGAAAUAAGCAUCUUGAAAUCCGCACUGGGCUGUGAGUGGAAAUCUAAUCAGAUCGGGUGCGUAAAGGAGGAAGAAAAGUUCCGUUUUAAACCACGACUGUGGAAUAAGAACAUCAGCGAUCUGCGUUUAUGGUCUGUUGAAGAUUGGGAUGAAGAAAGAAAUGCAGGGAAUGGUCCAUCUCAGGGAUAAAACCCAUCUAGAUGCGUAUUGGCUGAAUGUGAAACCCCAAAUCUGUGUUGUUGAACGCCAAGAAUGACACGCAAAACCAGGGAGACGACGAAUUAAUUGAUUUAUCAGCAGGAAAAAGACUUGGUACACCGGAUUUUGAUGAUGCGGGGCAAGAAAGCAUCGAGAUAUCUGUUCUAGAGGCACUCGUCUAUAUGAUGGCAUUGACAGGAAGACCGAGCGGAUAUACAGGAGCGAAUUUCUUCUCAUAGAAGCUUGUGAAAGCAAAAGUGCUCUUGGAUAGCCCAGAGUACACGCCGAAGAACAUUUCAUUCGCAUCGCGCUUCAUUGCUUGAGAAUUGCGGAUGGAUUUUGGUGCUUUGAAAGCGAACGGAACGUUUGCGAUCUGAACCUCACAGAUUUAGAAAGGAGUGCAGUCAUGGCCACUGAAGCGUGCUGUGUUCACCCCCUCAUCGUCUGGCACUUUUUCCCUCCAUCGUUCUAGAGGAAACAGAAUAAAGAAGGGAAGGCGAAGCCAGCUAGAGAAACCAAGCGUGAAGAUGUCCAGAAACUGCUGGCACUGUGGAACACUCGGCAGACGUGAAUGUGUUGCGUGGGGAACUGACUGAAGAGGCUCAGAAUUGCCACUUGACUUUAUGAUCCUGAAAGAGUUCGGCCUGAUAAAACCCUUCCCAAAGAGUGGAGAACCUGUCAGCGAAUUAUGAAUGAUAAACAAGAUGACCUCCUCCCUGAUGCAGCAGACGAUGAGAGGUCCUAGGUGGAACCGGGCCCUGUCCGACCCAUUGUUUGUGCUGUCGCUGGCCCUGCAGCUUCUGGUGGUGGCUGGCUUGGUGCGAGCGCAGACCUGCCCCUCUGUCUGCUCUUGUAGCAACCAGUUCAGCAAGGUCAUCUGUACGCGACGUGGCCUUCGAGAUGUACCCGAUGGUAUUUCCACCAACACAAGGUACCUGAACCUUCAGGAGAACCUCAUCCAGGUGAUCAAGGUUGACAGCUUCAAGCAUCUAAGGCACCUGGAGAUCCUGCAGCUCAGCAAGAACCACAUCCGCAACAUUGAAAUCGGAGCUUUCAAUGGGCUGGCCAACCUCAACACUCUAGAGCUCUUCGAAAAUCGUCUAACCACAAUCCCCAAUGGGGCUUUCGAGUACCUGUCCAAACUUAAAGAGCUUUGGUUGAGGAAUAACCCUAUCGAGAGUAUACCCUCUUAUGCCUUCAACCGUGUACCAUCGCUGCGAAGGCUGGACUUGGGUGAGCUUAAAAGGCUCUCAUAUAUCUCAGAAGGUGCCUUUGAAGGCCUCAGCAACCUGCGGUACCUGAACCUGGGCAUGUGCAACUUAAAGGAGAUCCCCAACCUCAUUCCUCUUGUCCGUUUGGAUGAGUUGGAGAUGUCAGGGAACCAGCUGUCUAUAAUAAGGCCAGGGUCUUUCAAAGGGCUCGUCCACUUACAGAAACUGUGGAUGAUGCAUGCGCAGAUCCAGACGAUUGAGAGAAAUGCCUUCGAUGAUCUUCAGUCCCUCGUGGAGCUCAAUUUGGCCCACAAUAACCUUACCCUCCUGCCUCAUGACCUUUUCACCCCACUACACCACUUGGAGAGGGUACACUUGCACCACAACCCCUGGAACUGCAACUGUGACAUCCUCUGGCUUAGUUGGUGGCUAAAGGAAAUGGUGCCGGCCAAUACCAGUUGCUGUGCCCGCUGUUCGUCCCCUGCCAGCCACAAAGGGCGCUACAUCGGUGAACUCGACCAGAACUAUUUCCAUUGUUAUGCACCGGUGAUCGUGGAGCCACCAGCGGACCUGAAUGUGACUGAGGGCAUGGCAGCAGAACUGAAAUGUCGAGCAAAUUCUUUGACCUCAGUCAGCUGGAUCACGCCCAAUGGGUCCAUCAUGACGCACGGGGCAUACAAGGUGCGCAUUUCUGUGCUCAACGAUGGAACGCUGAACUUUACCAAUGUCACAAUGCAGGACACGGGAACGUACACUUGUAUGGUGAGCAACUCCGCAGGCAACACGACAGCCUCAGCUACACUCAAUGUGUCCUCGACAGAGAACAGCAGCUUCAGUUACUUCACUACAGUUACCGUCGAGACCACAGAAGCAGCACAUGAUGAGGGCCAGCCAACGGUACAGCAGAAGAGCGGCCCUACUCCUUCUUCUGGGAUUUGGGAGACCUUACCACCUUCCUUUACCACUACGACCACGACAGCACGGACACCACUGUCCACCAAGGCCACCGACAAGACCUACACCAUCCCAGUCACAGCCCUGAUUGAUGGCUCCCUCAACACUUUGGAUGAGGUCAUGAAGACCACAAAGAUCAUCAUUGGUUGCUUUGUGGCCAUCACCCUGAUGGCAGCCGUCAUGCUGAUCAUAUUUUAUAAAAUGCGCAAACAGCAUCACCAGCAGAACCACCACGCACCGACGCGAACAAUCGAGAUCAUCAACAUGGACGAGGAUUGUGUAACGGGUGGACCUACCAUAGAGGGCCACCUCACUCUCCCCCCACUGGAGCAUGAGCACCUGAAUCAUUACAACGCCUACAAGACUGUGUACAACCAUGCCUCCACCAUCAAUUCUAUACACAGCUCUGCCCACGAACCUUUGCUAAUUCGGGCCAGCUCAAAAGACAAUGUACAAGAAACCCAGAUCUGAACUGCUUUUCAUAAUGUGGAUUAAACAAAGAAAAAAAGACUUCUAAAACUCUUAGAAACAGUAAGUGACACAUCGAUUUUGAAGAUUGUCGAAACAAAGACACAGUAGACUGAUGCAAGACGUAUGAGAAGGAUGUUGACAGGUACAAAAGGACAUUGGGAGUUGAGUGUACGUCAACCGUUUCAAAAGUGUCUUUACAUAACAGAAGUUAUUUAUUUAAGGAAAAUAACUAUUGUGGUUUAAUCAAGAAAAGAUGUAAUCUGCAAUUAUUUUUCCAGCAAUUAUUUCUCCAUGUUUUUUAAUGUUAUUUUAAGGGUUGUUGGUUUACUAAUAUGCUUUUAAACUCUGUUUAAAUCUAUUGUUCUGUAAGUGAAGACCCAAGUCAACUGCAGAUGAAUCUAAAACUCUCCAUCUUUCUGAAAUCUCAAGAUUCACAUUUAAUGUCGAUCUUAGGUUACAGAUUGUCAUAUUAGAAAACUUCCACACCAUAACUGUUUGAAUUGAUCAUGUUAAUUCUAAAUUAUUCAUUUACUGACGUCCCCUUAAUUAGUGAAUUUUGACUGUAAAGUUAUUCAGUUGUCUUUGCUGUAAAAGAGGCUCUUUAAACUAUAUUGGUCCGUCUGUUAGCUGGUUUUAGAGGUGUUUUGGGCACUUUUCAACUGGACAGACUGGAAGACAAGCUUUUAAACAGCUAAUUUUUCAACAGGGAUGGCUGCUACAAAUUACGUGCAGAUGUACGCCUGGCUUCUCCACCCUAAAAUUUAGAACAAGGAGCCCUGGAAAAGUGUCCCAAUUAAAACCGGGCCAAAUGUCAGGAACAUGUCUAUUUGAUGCAUGCAGGACAAUUUCAAAUAAUUUCUGUGCUCGGACCAGAAGAUUUAUAGAUUAAGUUAGCAUUUGGAGGCAUCCCACAUGACCUUAAAUACAUGUUGAGGCAUCUCAUGCUUAAAAUAAGCUUUAUUUAAGUCCUUAAACUGUUUUCUGCAUUUUCUUACUCAUAGCGUACAACAACUUGGGUUCCUGUGGCAGUUCAUCCUUGACAGCCAACUAAACCAAUACUCAGAUGCAGCACACACAUUCUAUGCCAAAUUCUAUAUGGGCAGGGGGCUGAAAAUUGUAGGCCUUUAUUUUAAGUGGAAAAAACAUAAAGCUGGUACUGACGUAGCACCAUUUCCAUUUCAAUCCACUUGUCUUGGUGCUCUCCAUGGAUACAGUUGAAUGAAAUCAUUCUGGAAUGGUCUUAAAGCCAGACACAGAACCCUAAAUAAGUGGGCAAAGUCAGUGCGGCUCAGAUCUAAGGCUUCCAAAGAUGCCACAGGUGUGUCUUUAUAGAUUCUGUGAACCGAUUGUGUUUUAUUCCCUCUCACUAGUUCUUUUUUCUUGAAUUCUUUCAUAUUCUAUCUUCCAUCAUUCUGCGCUGUCAAUCUUUUUAGGCAGUUAUGCAAUUCUUUUUAAACUUUUAAAUCAUAUUCAGUUACUUUAGUUUAUUUUCGGUACAGACCGAGGAUGAUACAUCCAUCUUCGUCUUUACACACACAGUAGCCUUUGGCUGCAGGGGGAAUGACUUGACAUUAUGAAUUAAUUUAUGAAAUAAGAAUGGCCUGAGACGGUCACUAUAGAAACCAAUGACCUUGGACGGGGUGGGGAGUAGCCGACAGACAUUGGCUUGACACUUUAAAUGUAUUCAGAGUCAAAUGAGAGAGCUAGGCUGGGUGAAAGAGCCAAAGUGGACUUGUUUGAAGUGCAUCAUUUAAUCUAUAAAGCAAUCUAGAGCUCUAUAGGUAAUUUGAAUUAAACCAAUAAACCUGUGACAUUUUAUUCAGAUCCAUAGCGUUUCAUUUUUGGCCGUUCAUAAUUCAUGCAAAGUGCACAGGGGACUGACAAGGGGAUUUUUCUCAUGCGUUUCUGGUCUUAAUACAGAUGCUGACUGAUAACAUGUGACAUUUGGUGAACUUUUCUGUAUCAUAUUUUGAUCACACAGCAGAUGAACUCUGAUUUUAAAAGAUCUAAUGCAAUUAUGCUUGUCAGCUUUGCUAUUUCAGAUCAUUACGAAAAAGUUUUUGAGAGUACCUCCUGCCCACUAGAAGCAAAGGCCAUCUGGUACAUUUCCUAAUCAAGAUAUCAAAGCCUGCAAAAAAAGACUGUUCUUCAUCUGAAUAUGCUGCUCUUUCGAAUCUUAAUUAAUUUUCUUGUCUUUCUGAAUUUAGUUUGCGUUUUCACUGAAAUUGAUGUCAAUCUGAACAUAAAGCGAAAAAAAAAAAAUCCUUAUCGUCAAUGGAGUUUAGCACAAAAGUAAACCAAGUCAUUGGGUUUUCAGUUGCAUUUUAUUUAUUUUAAAGAAUAGAAUCAUUGUCUUAAAUUGUCAUCAUUUUUGGAAAAGGUCUUUGUCGUAUUUUAUAAUAUAAUCAUUUUUUAUUAGAAUUUUUGUUUUUCGACUUUUUGUGAUUUUCUUUUUCUGUAUGUUUGUUCAGUCCCUUCAUGCAAACACAUCUGUGUUUUGGGUUUCAGUUAAGGAGUGAACGAGAUGCUUUUUUCUCCGUUUCACGUAACUUCUUUCUUUUCGUCUCUGAGAGGGAAUGCUGUUCUAGUGGUAGAUUUCUAUAAAAAUAAAUUUUGAAAAUAAAAAUAAAAAAAUAAAAAAAACAAAACAAAAACUUUUUAAAUUUUAAUUUUACAUGUGCCAACCUGUUCUAAAAGAUUCAAAAUAAAAGAGAGAGAGAGAGAGAUGCUGUAAAAGACGACUGGAUUGAUUUUCAUGUAAACAUUAUUUCAUGACCUUUAAAAAAAGAUGGAGAUUGAUUAUAGAAAUCAGAGUUUGUAGUUCAUACACAAGAUAAGGUUACAAAUAAACUAUCAUUGUCUUUUC